CUGACAAUAGGGCCUACCCCGUUUAAAGCGGUUUAUGUAUUUUAUACUUUCCACAUUUCUAAUGUACAGUACUGUAGUAUGGUAUGCCUUUUCAUUAUUUUAAUCUUGUGACCGCAAUAUAAAUAAUGCAGUGGAUAUUGUUACACCAGUAGUAAACAGUGGCGUAAAAGUCUUGAAUGGGCGCUGAUGGGGGCGCGAAGGUACGAUGAACACAUGCAUGUGUAUAUCGAAGGCGCACAUAUACAUAAUCUAGGAGACACCGCAAGAUUUAAGUGUAAAGGUAAUAGAACCAAUGAAAGCAGUUUCCACUGGUCAUCAUCUCCAGCUACCUGUAUAAUACAGGACAUGAUGAAAACAUGUAAGGCAGAAUGCAUCAUACCAAUCACAGAUGAAAUGCAUGCAUUGAUUAUCAAAUGUGAAAUCAAGGAAGGUGAUGUAUCAGCAAGUAAAUCAAUAGUUUUACAUGUAAUACAAGAUAAGCCUACUGUAGAAAAAUUGAAUGUGCAAAUUGAAGGAAGCAACCAAAGCUACGAAGCUGGACAGCCUGUUAAACUCACUUGCAAAGGAAAUAAAACAUCAGAUGCCAACUUCACUUGGUGUAUAACCCCCAUGUCUCCGGAUGAUGAAUACGUAUGGAAAGGUAUGAGAGCACCAAUAAUGAGUACUGAAAAUAUAACUGCUGAGCAGAAUGGGACCAGCAUUACAUGUGGAAUAAAAGAAAACAUUUAUUCUGGAUCAGCAAACUUUACUCUAAUAGUGUCAGAAGAUAGCAAAACACGUGAACCAGAACCAG